UGUGAGCGUCACCAGUCAGGGCGCUGCUUCCAUCAUCUUUGGUUGACGCUGCUGCAGCAGAUUGGCCGCUCCAUCGCCGGCGGCUCCAGCAGCGAGCUCUGCACACAUCGCACUGAACAAGCCGUGCGGGACGCCAGAACUUUAAAUCACUGGCGAACGAUGCCAUGGCUUGUCUUUUCCGAAGGUCCAUAGCAGCGCAGCUUUCCAGAGUUCUGGGAGUGUCAACUGAGAAGCUUAUUCCAGUGGUGUCAGCUGUUCCUGUCUCCAAAAAACAACAGACUCUAGAUUUUCGGGUGUCAGUGAACUCUCUGCUGGCGAAUGGGUAUUUAAAGUUAGGAUCGACUGUUCCAAGUCAAGCCAAGGAGCUGUCCGAGAAGUUAACUUGUGAUGAUGUGAUUACUGAGAUCGCUGUUGGCCAAGCAAGCAUUAAUUUCAAAGUGAACCGAUCCUUACUGGCUGAGGUUGUUUUACAAGAGGUCUUCAAGAAGGGUUCAAGAUACGGAAUAGCAAGUGAACUCUUCAGCAGCUACCCCUGUGGGCGUGUUAUAGUUGAAUUUAGUUCACCAAAUAUUGCGAAAAAAUUUCAUGCAGGACAUUUGCGUUCAACAAUCAUAGGCAACUUCAUAGCUAACCUAAAGCAAGCUUUGGGAGAUGAUGUGAUCAGGAUCAACUACCUCGGCGAUUGGGGCUUGCAGUUUGGAUUACUAGGAGCAGGAUUUCAGAUGUUUGGUUCAGAAGAGAAGCUUAAUGCAAAUCCCUUGCAGCAUCUUUUUGAGAUUUAUGUUGAAGUGAGCAGACUGGCGGAGGCCCGUGAAGACAUCCAAAGGGCAGCCCAAGAGUUUUUCAAAAAGCUGGAAUGUGGGGAUAAACAGACCUUGGCAUUAUGGCAGCACUUUAAGACUAUAAGCAUUGAAGAAUAUGAGAAAACCUAUCAGCGGCUUGGUGUGCGUUUCGAUGAGUACUCUGGAGAAUCCUUGUACCAUGUCAAAGCACAAGAACUCGUGCAGAUGAUUGAUCAGAGAGGACUGCUCAAGAAAGCAAAGCAAGGAGUUGGAGUGGUUGAUCUUUCACCAAAAGGUGAUCUGACCAGUUAUGCCAAGGUAGUUCGAAGUGAUGGGACAUCUCUCUACCUGACGAGGGAUAUUGCAGCUGCUGCAGAUCGAAUGGAGAAAUACAACUUUGACAAAAUGAUUUAUGUGACAGAUAAAGAACAGUGCACACAUUUUCAGCAGAUGUUUGACGUACUGAAAAUACUGGGCUUUAACUGGACAGAACGCUGUCAACAUGUACCUUUUGGGUUAGUGAAAGGAAUGAAGACUCGGAGAGGAGAUGUUGUUUUUCUGGAAGAUGUUCUGAAUGAAGCACGCUCCAGGAUGCUGCAAAACAUGGCUGCCUCAAAGACAACCAAAGAACUAGAAGACCCUGAGAACACAGCGGAGAAAGUGGGUGUGGCUGCACUUAUUGUUCAGGAUUUCAAAGGUCCCCUUUUGGCUGAUUAUGAAUUUGACUGGGAUCGUGUACUCCAAAGCCAGGGAGAUACUGGAGUGUACCUGCAAUAUACUCAUGCCAGGCUAUGUAGUUUACAGAGACAGUGUGACAAUGGGACAAAGAUACAGUUCAACCCUACUUACUUACAAGAUCCUCAGGCAAUUGCUGUACUGCAGCAUCUCCUCAGGUAUGACGAAGUUCUUUAUCAAGUUUCAGAGGAUCUCCAACCCAGACAUCUUGUUAACUACCUGAUAAUGUUGAGUCGCCUUGCAUCUAUAGCACACAGGACUCUGCAUAUUAAGGGCAGCUUACCAGAAAUAGCAACGGCAAGACUUCUACUCUUCGAAGGAAUCUCUUCUGUACUCGCCAAUGGAAUGAAGCUCCUUGGUAUAACUCCGGUGGACAAGAUGUGAUUAAAUUAGCAUUUGGGACAGUCAUUAAAUGAUUUGGCAAAACCU